AUGGCGGAGACAGAUGAGGGGCUGCUAUGCUCCACGAUGUACAGAGUCCCCUCCACAUAUAUGAGGUGUUGCCUCGACUGCGGCGUGUGCCAAGGACAACCGCGAUUCCCUGAGAAACUGGAGCCCUGCUACACUUGCGGGGUGACCUGUUGUCCCUCGUGCUCCACAAGCCACAAGCAGCGAUGCAAGUUGGCCGGAUGGGAACAGGGCCACACGGAGAAGCAGAUCCAAAGACAUCAGUUGCCCAGGGCUGAGCUCAAGCUGCUGACACAGAAGGAGGGAAGCGAAGGCGACCUCGCGAAGCAGUUCCUGCUCCGUGGGAAGCUGUUGAAGCGGCAGCCCUCGUGGAAAGACUUCGACUACGACAUGGUGCAGCCACAAAUGGGCGAGCUGAUCGCCGAAGACUUGACUUGGGCUCUGGGCUUUGUCGCCUGGUUGAUCAAGGCGUUGAGUAUCGACCGGCACCUGGCGAAGGCGGAGCAGGACUUCAAGCAGAUCAUCGCAUGCCUCGCCGCCCUGGAACCCAGCGACACGUCGUCGGCGGCACGCUUUGGCUUUCUGAUGAUCGCGCUGCUGCUGCGCGAUCCGAAGCACUUGGAUCAUCCGGAGAUAUCCCAGCUGAUGCGCAUCGCUCUGAGAUGGUAUAGCCAUGUCUCUGAUGGGAUCUUGAUGCUGCAGAUGAGUCAAUUGUUGGAGAUGGCCUUGAGUCGACAAGUCCAUCCCAGACAGCUCCUUGAAGUUUGCGAGGACGAAGCCUGCGACAGACGCUCUACCUGCAGACACUUCUCCUGCUGGGGCUCCAUUCGCGGUCGGCGGGCAGCUGGGAAAAUCAUCUACUAG